UGUAUUUCCUUAAAUUGUCCUAUGACAUGUAUGAUUAAAAUAGGUUAUAUUUACAUUCAGAUUUAUCUUUUGACCUUCAAGCGAGUGGAUACACUUACAUUAAUGAUUUCAAAUAUAUAACGUCAACGAUAUGUUAGCUAUAAAUAAACUGGAUUUUUACGUAGUAUAAAUUUUCUAACUUUAUCUAAGUUUGUGUGCAAUAUUGAGAUUUCGUGUUAUUGAAUAUUUGCCGCAAUAUAUGAAAUAUAAUCACGUGACAAAAGUGUUCAAAGCAGACGAAAAAUCAGCUAUAGUACUCUUAAGAAAGAGUGAAUUAUGGAGAACGUGACAAUUAAUACUACGUCUCUGCCAAUAUCCAACGAAACAGAACAUAUAAAUCUCUUGUCGGUAUUUGCUGCGGAUAUUACUUUAACCAUCAUUGCUUGCACAUUGUCAUUUUUAGGAUCCAUAUUUAUUUUUAGUGCUUAUUGCGUCGUUGACAGUUUACGACCUGAAAAUGAAACGAGACGACUGCUUAUAUAUUUAACUGUUUCAGAUUUAGUAGUUGCCAUUGGAAACUUCAUUGGAACUAUAAGAUUUAUUAUUAUUUACGACAAUAAACCGUUUUAUGCUAAUUCGGGCGAAGAAUUGGCGAGUGAUAGCGUUUGUGUUGUUCAAAGUUUCAUUUCAGCAACAGGAUCUAUGUGGUCAUUUUGUUGGAACACAGCAAUUGCCAUACAUCUAUGUGUUGCCUUGGUUUAUCGUAGAAAUGGCACAUGGUCGCGGAAGGUGAAAAUAUUCUGUCAUUCAGUGUGUUGGCUUCUUCCUCUUUCCGUAGCAAUAGCGGCUGCCAAAUGUGAAGUUUUAGGUGAAGAUUUUGCUCAAGUAACUGGUAUAUGGUGUUGGAUUAAGUCUUCAUUGUCAAGGAGCGACCGGAUAUUAUGGAUGAUAAUUUCCGGUAAAGGAUGGGAGUUAGUUUCGUAUUUUGUGACGUGUAUAAUGUUUCUAUAUCUGAAAGGAUACAUGUGGCGCCAGAGAACAAGAUUUAACCAACGUCGAUUUAACGACGUAUCUCUUCGACUGAGAGCUGAAGACGAAAACUACCUUUACUUGUGGUUGAUCGGGUAUCUUCUCAGGAUAUGGGGGACGCUGCGCUUCUUUUUAUAUGUGUCAGGAAAUUCUUCGAAUGAUAAACCUUACACGGACAUAAAUUUUGCCCUAGUGCAUCUAGAAAGCUUUGGUGACAGUUCGAAGGCAUUUUUUACAUUUAUUUUAUUUUGCAUUGCUGACAAAACAACUAGACAAAUUCUAAUGAACAAAAUAUGCCAUAGAAGGCGUGGCUAUGAGGAAAUUUUACAAAGCUUAAAUGCGGAACCAAGAUAAUGCGGAUAACAGUUUUAAUUAAUCCUUGUAAACACCAUUUUACAUGGAAAAAGACAGGUAGAAACAUUAAUAAAAUUAAACAUAAUAUUUGUUUAGAGAUAAUAGAUUAUGCCAUCUAUGUUACUCAACUGACAUUGGUGAAGAAUACCACUACAUUAUGACUUGUAAAGCACCCAAAACAAAAUUGUUAUGUAAUUACUUUCGGAAAAAUCUAAAUACAUACACAUUUUAUGUUUUAUUCAAUUCUACAAAUACUGUACUAUUAGAAGUUGUGUACAUUUAUUAAAAUGAGAAAUGUGAAAGUAUGUCCUCCUUGUUUAACUAUGAAACUUACAUGUAGGAUCUCACACAUGCAUGUAGUUAUUUUUUUAAGGAUAUAUAUAUGUACCAUUCUCUGAAACUUUGUAUUUAGUUCAUGACAAUAAAAUUCAGCAUCA